AUGCUUCUGCAGAGUCUUUUGCCCUAUUCCCUCCUCUUGGUCGCCGCGCUGGCGAGCCCCCGUCUUACCCGACGACAGGAUGGCCCUGUCGACCCUGGCACGGCGGCCGAUUGCACCUGGUAUGACACGGCUCUCGACAAGACAUAUACCUGCGAAUGGUUCGAGCGCAACUGGGGAUUGACCCACGAGCAGUUUGUGUCCUACAAUCCCUCAGUCAAGGACGACUGCAGUGGCAUCAAGGUAGGUAACUCCUACUGCGUCGAGGUCAACCAUGGCCAGCCUCGUCCGACCACCACCACCACAACUAGCACGUCCACCCCGAAGCCCUCUCCGACGCAGACCGGCCUGAUCGACACCUGCACGACCUUCUACCUGGCUGUAGCAGGCGACACCUGCGACAAGAUCGUGGCCAAGUACGGCACCUUCACAACCGCUGAGUUCAUCUCGUGGAAUCCCGCCGUCGGCGCGGACUGCAGUGGCCUCUGGGCGAAGACCUACUACUGCGUGGGCAUUCCCGGCACGCCAACCACGAAGCCUACGACCACGACCACGCCGACAGGUGGCCCCUCGCCCACGCAGACGGGGAUUAUCUCCACAUGCAACAGCUUCUACAUGGCCGUAGCAGGUGACACCUGCGACAAGAUCGUCGCCAAGUACGGCACCUUCACGUUGGACCACUUCCUGAGCUGGAAUCCCGCCGUGGGCAGCGACUGUUCCGCUCUGUGGGCCAAGACCUACUACUGCGUGGGUGUGCCUGGUACCCCAUCGACUAAGACCACCACCACCACCACCACCACAACGACCCCCACUGGGCCGUCGCCGACACAGACAGGCAUCAUCUCCACCUGCAAUCGGUACCACAAGGCCGUGAGCGGUGACACCUGCGCCGGGAUCGUGAAGCAAUACGGCACCUUCACGCUGGACCAGUUCCUCUCCUGGAACUCCGCCGUGGGGGCGGACUGCAGUGGCUUAUGGCUGGGAUAUUACUACUGUAUCGGGGUCCCUGGAACACCGACUCAGCCCCCCACGACAACCACCCCGGCCGGCUGCACGAGUGCGCCGACGCCCACGCAGCCGGGCGCCGUCUGCGCUUGCAAGAAAUGGCACAAGGUGGUUAGCGGCAAUACUUGCGACAGCAUCCAGAAGCAGUAUGGCAUCACCGCGGCCGACUUCAAUCAGUGGAACCCGCAGGUGGGAACGAGCUGUUCGACUCUUUGGCUGGGAUACUAUGUCUGUGUGGGCGUGUAA